AUGGACUACGACGCGUAUGAUGCUCUGCUUCAUCACGUCUUCCGCCAGACUCAAGGUGACGCUUGGUUUAAACCAUCAGAGGAGAAUAUCUCUGCAGGUGUCUGUCUUCGUGUAGAGACUGGUCACUUUCGUGUUUUCCCCUACGAAAAUAUUCACCUAGCCCCAUUUGAGGCGGCCGUCCGCACUCUUAAUCCCGCCGUAGCGGUCAAAAUUAGGAGUGCAUCUGUUCAUGCAGCUUUGGCAACAAUCUCCGAUCGCGAUACUGCAGUCUAUGUAGACAGUAACACGAGGAUUCAGGUCCUCGACUCUAUGAAUUUUUUGCCGAGAGCUGAAAAGGAGCAGUGCGGUGCUUUCAUCCGUGACGAACGUGUUCUGGUUGUGUGGUCUGAUAAUUAUGAUAAUAUCAUUCCGCUCUGCCGCGAUUUCGAGGAUAAACUUAUCAAACUCGUAUGGCGCUCUCGCUUAAUAUUCACUCCUACAGCGUCAGAGCUCUCCCCGUCUGUCUCUACAUCAAACGACAAUCUGCCAGAGAAAACUACAGAUCUCACUGAAAAGAUCCCAGUCACUUCAAAGGAACGCGAUAAUCUCAAGUCCCAUGCUUCUUCCAAAUCCAUAUGGCGUUUCUUCAGUUGGAGGUCUACUCGUUCUUCGCACGACUUGUCCGCCCGUGAUCCUGAAAGUGGCGUCAAGAAACCUCGAAUUACAAGACUGUUGGCUCCCUUAUACAACGGUCUUGGCUGUGGCUUGUCUUUAUACUUCAUUGGUAGCGGUAUCAGUAUGUUGCUUCAAGAGUCCCUUUUGGAUGGUCAGUGGUCCCGAUUUGGUCUCGCAGCUACUGUUCCCUUUUCGUUCUGUAUAUCCCUCUUCUUUGCAUUGCAAAUUGUUGGAGACAUUGGCAUGAUACUCGGUCCCGUAUCGCAAUACCACGAGAACUCACGCUACUAUUCCGCUGUUCGGCCUGAGACCAAUAAGGAAAUCGACUCAGCUCUUCCUCAUGUCACUAUUGAACUUCCGGUCUACAAGGAAAGCUUGGAUCAAACCAUUGCGCCUUCGGUUUACUCCAUUAAAAAGGCAAUGCAAACAUAUGCUCGUCAAGGAGGCACCUCUUCUAUCUUCGUGCAUGAUGAUGGCCUCCAACUCAUUAGCGCUGAAGAACGAGAAGCCCGCAUUGCAUUUUACGCCGAUCACAAUAUCGGUUGGGUUGCUCGUCCCGGCCACAGCAACGCUCCCGAUGGUUUCAAACGUGCUGGGCGUUUCAAGAAGGCGUCAAAUAUGAACUACGGGCUCGCAUUGAGCCUCAAGCUUGAGAAGCAUCUCAAAGUACUCGAGGAGGCUGAAGCGAGGGGCGAGCUCGACUUUACAGACGGCGAACCUCUAGAAGAUCGAGCAAUGACCAUGGCAUGUGAAGAAGUCUACGAAGAAAGCGGCCAGAAGUGGAAACCUUGGGCUUGUAACGGGAAAUCAAUCCGGGUCGGAGAUAUCAUUUUACUUGUUGAUUCAGAUACUAUUGUGCCUGAGGACUGUUUUCGGGAUGCUGCUCGGGAACUUCACGAAAGCCCAGACGUCGCUAUCAUCCAGCAUAAUUCUGAUGUCAUGCAAGUUGCGCACCACUUUUUCGAAAACGGCAUCGCGCAUUUCACGCGUCGUAUCAACAAAUGCAUUUCGUUUGGUUGCUCCAAUGGUGAAAUAGCUCCCUUCGUUGGACAUAAUGCUUUUCUUCGAUGGUCCGCUUUGCAAGAUGCAGCAUUUAUAGAUACCGAGGAUGGCGUUAAGAAGAUAUGGUCCGAGUCUAAUGUAUCUGAGGACUUCGACAUGGCUUUACGGCUCCAGUUGAAAAAAUACAUCAUCCGAUGGGCCACCUAUUCCGAGGGCGGCUUCAAAGAAGGUGUCUCUUUGACGGUGGACGAUGAGCUUAAUAGAUGGCAAAAAUAUUCAUAUGGAUGUAGCGAGCUUAUCUUCAACCCGAUCGUCCACUGGUGGCGACUGGGACCCAUCAACAAACAGCUACGAAUAUUUAUUUGGUCUGACUCUCCCGUUCACUACAAGCUCAGUAUGCUUGGAUGUAUGUUUUCGUACUAUGGUAUCGCAGCAUCUGCCAUCCUUUCAGCUUUGAACUAUUUCCUCCUCGGGUUCGCAUUCGACACAGAUGGCUACUACUUGCACAGCUUUGAGGUUUUCCUCGCCAUUAUUGCCGUCUUCCCUGGUGCCGGUAAUUUAGGUUAUAUUUUUCUUGAAUAUCGCCUCGGUCACAGAAGCAUAUUCGACUCAUUAAUCGAGACUGUCACCUGGGUGCCAUUCUUUUUCUUCUUCUUCGGUGGCCUCAGCAUUCAUCUCACCGUCGCUGUUCUCGCACACUUAUUCUCCUAUAAUAUUACAUGGGGUGCAACAAAGAAAGAGGUCGAACGAUCCAAUUUCUUCAUCGAAGUUCCACGCAUCCUCAAACGCUUCUGGCUCGCUUUCGUCCUGUCUUUCCUUGCCUUUGCUGUGAUCAUCGUCUUCAGUACUUCAAUUGUCACGCCUGAUUGGCAGGUUCCGGGAACGUACUGGGCCGUCAUCCUCCCUCUGUCUCUUGUCGCAGGAAGCCAUAUCCUCUUCCCUAUCGUUCUGAACCCCUGGUUAAUGAUUUUCUCCUACUGAAAUUGUUUUACGAAGUCGACUUGUAAGAGUCACGAAUGGACAUGUCUUGCAUAGACUUAGCUAGUCUCCUCGUAUAUAGUUUCUUCUCAGUAUUUUAAAAGUCGAGCGAAAAAGCUGGUAAUAUAUGAUUUUGGUUGGUAUAUAGUGUAUCACAUUUUUGCAGGUAUCUUGCUCUAUUGAUAGGAUUGUAUGUAGUCUUGGGCUUGUACUACGUCGCCUCGAUGUACUAGAAAGAAAGAUAGAGAUGAAGAUUUUAAACAAAUUUUCGGU